UUGCGCCUUGCCACGCACGUCGCCAUGUUCGUCGCCGCCCGCGCCCGUGUCCUCCGCCGCCCCGCUGCCCGCCACUUCUCGUCGGCCUGGGAGAAGCCCUUCCCGUCCAUCCUCAUUGCCAAGGACAGCGUGUCGGCGCAAGGCUCGUUUGCCGAGGCCCAAGCCACGUACUUGCAGCCCAACAUGGCGUCCGUGAAGGAGCUCGACGCGCUCCUCGCGAAGAAGAAGCUCGGGAUCGUGGCGCACUUUUACAUGGACCCGGAGCUCCAAGGCGUCCUCUCGUCGCUCCAAUGGCCGCACACGCUCGUCGCCGACUCGCUUGCGAUGGGCGAAGCCGCGGCCGUCAUGGCCAAGAACGGCGCCAAGGCCGUCGCGUGCCUCGGCGUCGACUUUAUGUCGGAAAGCGUCCGCGCCAACUUGGACUCGAACGGCUUCCACGACAUUCCUGUCUACCGUCUCUCCAAGAAGAAGAUUGGGUGCAGCUUGGCCGAGUCGGCCGAGAAGGCUGCGUACAUGGCGUACCUGACGAAAGCCGCGAUGACGCCCAAUAGCCUCCACGUCGUCUACAUCAACACGUCGCUCAAGAGCAAGGCGUGGGCCCACAACAUCAUCCCGACCAUCACGUGCACCUCGUCCAACGUCGUCCAGACGAUUUUGCACGCCGAUGCGCAGAUCCCGGGCCUCAACAUCUGGUAUGGCCCUGAUACGUACAUGGGCGAGAACCUCGAGCAGAUGUUCCGCCACUUGGCGACACUGCCCGAUGACAAGAUCCGCCAGAUCCACCCCAAGCACACGAGCAAGACCAUUACGUCGCUCCUCAAGCGCUUUGACUACUUCAAGGAAGGCAACUGCGUCGUGCACCACAUGUUUGGCGACAAGGUCACGCAGCGUGUCCGGGAGCAGUACAGCGACGUGUACCAAACGGCACAUUUUGAAGUGCCCGGCGAGAUGUUUACGCUGGCGAUGGAGGCCCAGAACGAGGGCCGCGGCGUCGUCGGGUCGACGUCCAACAUUCUCAACUUUAUCAAGGCCAAGACGAACGACGCGAUCGCAGCCAACUCGGGCGAGAAGCUGCGCUUCAUCCUCGGCACGGAGGCGGGCAUGAUCACGUCCAUCGUGCGCGGCGUGCAGCAGACGCUCCAGGCCAGCAAGGGCUCGGCGACGCCGCAAGUGGAAAUCAUUUUUCCGGUCGCCGCCGAUGCGAUCGCCAAGGACGACGAGAACAAUGUCGUGCCCGGUGUCCAGGGCGGCGAGGGCUGCUCGACCGCCGGCGGCUGUGCGACGUGCCCGUUCAUGAAGAUGAACGACUUGGACGCGCUCUUUGACGUGGUCGAGGGCGUCGACCUCAGCGCGCCGACCGACCCGCUCGCGGCGUACCACCCGCAGACGUACAGCGAGCGCAUCCACGGCAAGACCAUCUCGGAGAUUGGUGUUGCGCCCAUCUUGCACAUGCGUUCGUUCAUGGAGAACCAGCGCUUGUCGGACGAGCUGGUCGAGGACAUUGCGACCCGCGUGCCGGGCGCUGGGUGCCCGGAGGCGCGUGCAUAAGUACCCGCUUGCAAAUCUAUGACUAUUUGAAAACUUGAUAUUAUAUUGGACGCAACGCGC